AUAAAUUUCAAAAGUAGCUCUUAAAAAUGCUCUAUGAUGUUGAUAGUAUUUGCAGCUCUAACAUAAACAAUAACGUCAGACCAAAAAAAAUAUAAACAAUAAUGAUAACAUCUUGUCAAAAUUUCUGCAGACCGUUGGUGUAAGCCCAUUGGGCUUAGAAUCUGAGCCCACAAGGAUACUUAUCUUGUAAAACAAGUCAACAACAACCACUUCAACAGCUUUAUCGAUCUUCUUCCUCCUCUUAUCUGAAACGAUCAAAGAAGAAGAAGCUCAAAGCGAUCGCAAAGAUGAUGCACAUGACCUUCUACUGGGGCAUCAAAGCCACUAUCCUCUUCGAUUUCUGGAAAACCGAUUCGUGGCUCAGCUACCUCCUCACCUUGCUCGCCUGCUUCGUCUUCGCCGCCUUCUACCAGUACCUCGAGAACCGCCGCCUCCAAUUCAAAUCCCUUUCCUCCACCCGCCACCCUCCGCCGCCACGAACCGGCGUCUCCGCCCCUCUUAUCCCCAAAUCGAGCACCGGAUCCGCCGCCAAAGCUGCGUCGGUGCUGCUCUUCGGCGUCAACGCGGCGAUCGGGUACUUGCUGAUGCUCGCGGCCAUGUCCUUCAACGGAGGCGUUUUUAUCGCGAUCGUCGUCGGGUUGACCGUUGGUUACCUCGUUUUCAGAUCUGACGACGACGGUGGUAACGCGGCGGCGGAGAAUCCAUGCGCGUGUGCUUGAAUCACAUGGAAGGUGGAUUUCGAGAAGUCCGAAAAAAUAUGAUGCUUGUGAUCCGGUUAGAGUUUGUUGUGUUGGAUCUGUAACAAGUGUUUAUGUCUGUAUAAUAACUACUUUUCGAUGUUGUCCUUCACCAACUUUCUAAAACUGAAUUUCAUAAUAUUGUUUUUAUAUCCUA